AUGUCUCAUAACUCUCCUCAAUCUUCAACGGCCCAUGGCCCUUCGUCGAGCCCUUAUGCCGGCACCGAUCCCACUCUCUAUUCACCUGACAUGGACCGCAAGACCCACCUCGGCCAUCGUCGUCAGAUUACCGCCAUUGCUGCUGGUAAAUUGCCGGUCAAAGAUGCCAAGGACAAGCCCACCAUAAUAAAGGCUGACCUCCCUCUUCCCGCCAUCUCGGCUGACGGUGCCUUCACAAACGAGCUGUCCGAAGACGACAAUGGAUAUGUUUCCCGAUACCAAUUCAUCUCUCGGCUUCCUGAUGGUACUCAUGCUGGACUCGACUCGGAGCACGAACUUUUCAGCGUUCAGCACCAGAUGAAGCUUUACGCUUGUUUCCUCAAUGCUGUCCCCUACUACUCACGCGGUGUCUUCAUCCGCUACGAUGAUCUUCGCGACGCUGCCGAGGGCAAGGACAUCCUUGAGCAGCAUGAGUUCACUGUCGACUAUGUCACACCUUAUGACUUCGCCAAAGCCAAGGCACAGGACACCGCCAGCCUCAAGGAGUUUGAGGGCCAGAUCAAGCUCGGCAUCGUCAUCGAUCCCAAUCCGGACCAAGCUGUUUGGGAGUUCUCGUCCGAGGACCUGACUGAAGUCUCCAACUUCCUCAAGAUUACCGCCCAGGCUUUUGGCGAAGUUCGCAACAUCACUCAUGUCGACUCUCUCCAAGACAAGAUGGUGAUUGUGUAUCGCAUCGAGUUCUUCUCCAUUGAUGCUGCUGUUCGAGCUGUCCAGUCGCUACGCAUGGAUCCGGUCUGGGGAAUCAACCGCCACAAGUCAUUCCAGUGGUGCACUUCCGAUCCUGCUCUCUGGUCGGAUGAGCAUGUCGCGACCUCACCGAAUCGCCCCAAGCCUCGCCUCGAUGCCCAUGGUCGCAUCUACGGUUACCGCUUCGCCCCCAACCACCAGAUUCCCGAUCAGUAUUCCGACCGUCGUUCCAGCUACCACAACCAUCCUCACGAUCAACACAACCGCGUUCGCCGUGAGCGCAUUCUUGAUGGCAGCGACGUUCGCACUACCGUCAUGCUUCGCAACAUCCCCAACAAGCUCGAUUGGAUGACCCUCAAGAACAUCCUCGAUGACGUCUGCUUUGGCACUUACGACUUCAUGUACCUUCGUAUUGACUUCAAGUCUGGCUGCAAUGUUGGCUACGCCUUCAUCAACUUCACGGAUGCCAACGGCAUGCUCUCGCUCAUCGACCGCAUCGAGCGUCGGCUCUGGCCCGGCUUCAACUCUGACAAGACUGCUGAAGUUUCCUACGCCACCAUCCAAGGCCGCGAAGCACUGGUCCAGAAGUUCCGCAAUUCUUCUGUCAUGCAAGAGACUCCUUACUGUCGCCCUCGUCUGAUCUUCACCCUCGCCGACGCUGAGAUGAUGGGCCAGCUGCGCACUGCUGGCACCGAGCAGGCUUUCCCCCGUCCUGACAACCUUUCCAAGCUUCAGCGUUCUAUGGAUAGCGCUCGUAGCAUUGGCCUCUACCCUCCCAAUGGAUACUCCACACUCACUGAGCACCGCAACCGCUCCAGCGCCUACGACCGUGGAGGUCCUCGCGACAUGAUGCAGGCUGCUAUGCACUUUGCUCAUCAGCGAGUCGCUCCUGUUCAGUUUGCCGGCCUGAGCGAGGCCAAGAAGCAGGACAUCGAGACUUGGUACCUGUGCACUUAUGGAGGCGGCCACUGUGGUCGCAUCCCCUUUGACUGCAUCCCGAUGACCCAUGUCACCCAGUACUUCAACGAGAACCCUGCUCCUACGCCAGUUCCAGGUAUCAUCGGUGCCCCGGCUAGCAGCCCUUUCUCCAACAGCGUCGCUUCCGGCAUUCCUGACGGCACCCCGACUCGCCCUUCCGGUAUGGCUCGUGGUCCGAUCCGCCCCUUCUCAGCUCGUGGCUAUGCGGAUGCCAACACCAACCCUUUCUUGUAA